CCUCUUCGAUCCCUCCCUCCUCUACUUUUAUUCCUCUCCCUCAUUAAAUCACAAUGGCAACUACUUCACCUACUGCUGGCAAUGCUGCUGGCAAUGCCGCUGCUUCUAUCAUGGGUCUCGUGGGCUCCGUCAAGGAGAAAUGGGAAAGCAGUGGUGCCAGCCGAGCUGUGAGCGAUGUCUACGCGCAAGUUCCCCAGGGCACCAAGGAUUAUUUUGCUGUGGCGUCCCAGCAGCUCUUCAGCCGUCAACAUUUGAGGCCAGUCUCGGUGGUCUUUGGCAUUGGUGAAGAAAGACCCUUCUAUGUGGAACGGCCUGGCACUCUUUUGGUGGAGCGUAUACGCCACAAUCUUUCCUUCUUCUACCUCAACUACAUGUUUUUGACGGCCGUCCUGUUCACCUUGACCCUUAUCAUUAGUCCCACCGCUAUUAUUGGAAUUGGAUUGUUGGGAGCUGCCUGGAUGUACAUGAUCCGAUCAGCCACAAAUGGCCAUAUCAAAAUUGGAGCCAUUAAUAUUCAACAGAAACACGCUACCAUUGCAAUGAGCAUCAUCAGCGUCUUUGUACUCUUUUGGCUCCUUCAAAAGAUCUUCUGGUGGACCCUCUUUUCCUCCGGCUUCCUAAUAUUGGCCCAUGCCCUUUUCAGAGACGCCUCGUUGCAUAAGGAUACAGAAGAUCAAGUGGAUAUGCAGGGCGAAUUGACAUUGACACCGGUUGAAACAGGAGAGGAUGCUGCCUUUUUGAAGAACGAUGAUCUGGCCUAA